AGCAACGCCUCGCUGCCUGUUUGCAUUCGGCCUUGCCUGAGAAAUUGGACUGUCGAGUCAACUGACUCUGAAGAAAUAAGAAUGAACAAAGAGACAGAAUGUGAGAGUGCCGGAUUGGAGUCCCAGCUGGAUCUUACAGACGCCGAGAGGAGCAGCUCAGACAUCAAUCACAAGACGCAGCCCAGUAAAGUGCCGGCGAUCUCCGCCCCCCCUGCGGCCCCCAGUCUCAGUAGCAAGUUCAAGUCCGAAGAUGCCGGCGACUGCCCCGAUGCCCCCCAGCAGGCUCCCCAGCAGCAACAGACCCACCUCCCGCAGGCUCAGCUCAUGCUGGCCAGCACCCAGCUGGCGGGGCUGACGGCACUGCUCCCGGCCCAGCAGCAGCUCCUCCUGCAGCAGGCGCAGGCCCAGUUAUUGGCUGCGGCCGUCCAGCAGUCCAACGCAGCCGCCGCAGCCUCGCAGCACCCAGCACUGGAGCCUGCAUCACAGCCGCCCACCCAGGCCGGCAGCCAGCCGCAGGCACCCCCGCUGGCACUCUCGCAGCCCGUCCACAUCACCGCCCAGGACCUCCAGCAGUUGCUGCAGCUCCAACAGUUGGUCCUCGUACCCGGGCAUCACCUCGCUGCCAACCUCCAGGGGCCCGCGCAUUUCCUCCUGCCCCAGGCACAGCAAGGACAGCAAGGCCUGCUCUCGACACCAAACCUUCUACAGCUACCUCAGCAAAACCAAGGGGGACUCCUGCAGGCACAGCCCAGGCUGGGGUUGGCAGCACAGGCAGUGAACCGGCCAGGUUUAGCCUGCCCAAUGGCCCCCGAGCCCCACCCGCAGGGACUCCCCCACCCACCGACCACUAAAGGCGUGGAGGCCGUGUCCCACCAGGAGGAGCCCAGUGACCUGGAGGAGCUGGAACAGUUCGCCCGCACCUUCAAACAGCGACGCAUCAAGUUAGGCUUCACCCAGGGAGACGUUGGGCUGGCGAUGGGGAAACUCUACGGCAAUGACUUCAGCCAGACGACAAUCUCGCGCUUCGAAGCCCUGAACCUCAGCUUCAAGAACAUGUGUAAGCUGAAGCCCUUACUGGAGAAGUGGCUGAACGACGCAGAGAACAUGUCUGCGGACUCGACCCUGCCCAGCCCCAACGCACUGAGCAGCCCGCCGGUCGGCAUGGAGGGGAUGGGGGGACGACGCAGGAAGAAACGAACAAGCAUCGAGACCAAUGUCCGCGUGGCCUUAGAGAAGAGCUUCCUGGCGAACCAGAAGCCGACCUCGGAGGAGAUCCAGCUGAUCGCCGAGCAGCUGACCAUGGAGAAGGAGGUGAUCCGCGUCUGGUUCUGUAACCGGCGGCAGAAGGAGAAGCGCAUCAACCCCGCCAGCAACAGCGGCCUGACUCCCCACACCCACAGCAAGCCGUCCGUCUACAGCACACACAUGGUCUCUCCUCAGCCCACUGGUUUGAACCUGCCAGUAUCACAGAGUUCCAACAGCCUCAGCACAACAGUUUCUACCAUGUCUGCCGCUGGGUCAUCACACACGCCGGGAGUAAGCGGCAGCUCCUUGUCGGCACUCAACACCUCCCCUCCCACACCCCCGAACAGCACAAACAGCAGCCACUCGAUGGCACUGUCAGCACUGAACACCAGCACAGGGAGUUCACUGCUGCCUGUCAACCAUGGGAUUAACGCCUCGUUGAUGGCCAGUAAUCCCUUGGCCACCAUCCAAGCCCUCGCGAGUGGUGGGACCAUUCCAAUUACCAGCCUUGACGCCGGCGGGAACUUGGUGCUGUCCAGUGGCGCAGGCAGUGCAGGGACACAGAGCAUCGUUACCUCACCCCUCUUCCUCAACCACCCCAGCCUGCCUCUUCUCGCCAGUAACCCCACGGCCGUCAGUCUGGCUUCGGUCGCCUCUCUGCAGACGAAACCUCCUGCAGCCUGCAGCGAACAGGGGCUGCCCGCGGUCAGCAUCGGCCCCGCCGGUUCCAGUGCAGAGUGACCGGGGCGGGGAGGGAGUGCCAAUCACUCUGACUCCAGCUUCUCAGCUCCCUCUGGACCUUAUGGAGGAGGAUCCCAGAGAGGCUGCGCAGGUCUGUGCGACGGGGGCUUGCUCACAGCCUGACGCUCAACCUUCCGUACUUCCACAUGGAUCCAUCACCAUUCCCCUUCGGUUUUUUUCUCCUUUAAGUUUUCUCUGGGAUUUGGGGUUUUAUAUCAUUUAUAGUGUUUAUUUUGUAUUAUUUCCCAGUGGGGAGGGAUUUAUCUAUUUAUUUACUGCUUGAAAUAUUUUAUUCAGAUACAAAGCCCUCCCCACACUACAAGACCAAACUUAACACAUCUUCUCUGCAUAUUGCUACUAUCCAGUGCCUGAACACCCAGUUAUAUCACUCAAACCAAAAAAAAAGAGACACAACACUUUUUAAAAAUGUUUCUCCGGCAUUUGAAUACUUCAAUUAAAACAACCGUGGGUUUUAAUUAGAUAUGAGUGGGAGACGGCGGUGUCCCUGCUCCUAUAUACCUCAUAGCCAGGGUCGGGUUGCAGUGGGAAACCCUCCUCUCUCUCUGCCCCCGGGUCUUCCCGUCCUCACAAACAAACCCUGGCUUUCCUCCGAGAUGUAUUUAGUAAUGAAACAAAGAUAAAACCAAAGUAAUGUUGAGAGGAGGAGUGGGCCAUUUCGACGGGAUGGGACUAAACAGGAAGUGGGGGAGGGGUGGAGAGGGGGCCACCAGCUCCCAUCCUGAUCCCCGAAUCUCUGACCUCAGUUUCGCUUUUCGCUUCCCGCUUUCUGAUUUCAGGUGUUUAACUCUAGACUGUGAACCAGUGUGUACACUGUAGUGUGUGAAUCCAGGUGUACACCUUCAUCUGUGAAUCCAGGUGUACACCGUGGUGCGUGAGCCCAGGUGUACACAGUAUAGUGUUAGCCUAGCUGUACAAACGUGUGUGAGCUCAGGUUUCUACUGUAGUGUGCGAGCGAGUGCAUACACUCGUGUGCACGUGAGUGUGUGGACCAGCGUGCACACUGGGCGUGUGGGCCAGAUUCUAGGCAACUGGACGAACUAACACGUACCCUGGGCUUGAGCGAGUUUGUGUCUGUUUAUGAUCCAAAGUGUAUGUGACUGCAUAGGAGUGUGCGGAUGAGUGUGUGAAUCUGUGUACACAAGCGUGUGGGACUACUGUAUGAAGCCCUGCAUACACCAAUGUGUGAAACAGUCUGUUAAUGAGUGUGUGGACCAGUGUGUACACAGGAGCGUGAACCAGCGUGUACGUGAGUACAGCUUUAGGAGAGUGUGUGCAGGGGAGCAAGGGAGCCCAGCCCCUCCUCACUCCCUUUAAACCCCUUUUACACCUGGAAUUGAAGUGAUCCUCACCUACUUUAGAUGGAAUGUAUCUGUUUAGCUAAAUAGUUUUUAUAGAAGAAAUCUAUGUUCGGCUUUUAUUGCAUAUGUAUAAAAAACAAAAGAAACUUGACUUUAGACCAAAAAUUCUCCUAUCUCCACAUUAACCAGCUGGUGGUUGACAGCGCAUUCCUGAUGCACAGAAAUACCAAAAAAAAAAUCCCUGCUGCAGCUCUUGCUGUGGGGAUCUGAUCAAGGCUGAGUUCUCAGCCUGGUCGACCCUAAUUGCCUCACUCAGCACCGGGCUCCACCCAGUGGCCCAGAUAGCUCCCAGUGAAUCUCAGCCUCAGCAUCUUUAUCCAUGGCCUUUGGAGGCGGUGGACACCACCAAUAUUGGUCAGAAUCAUCAGUAUUCACCAGCAUUACUACUGUUAAUAUAACCGUUGUGCUGAAACAUGUCUUUACUAUUAAUUAACAUAAUGGGUGGCUCUUAUUGUUCACUGAGAUUCACUGGAUUUAUCUGGGGAAACUUAUCCCUGUCCAGGGCUCCUACCUUCAUUAGGGAGGGGCCUUAUUUUGGAACUUGGAUGGGGUUUCUGGCACAGGAGCAAAUGCACCUCAAGUUGUCCUGCACAGGAUCUCUCCAGGGCGGGGGGAAAUGAGCUGAGGAGAAACUGUCCUGUGGAAGUCUCUCUGGUCUGGGCCCCGAGGUUCCACCCUGGUCCAGGGCAGUUAGACUCCAUCUUGUGCCAAGGUCCAGGGGGGCUUUGUUUUGGGAGGGGUGGGCUGCAGGGGUGAUUACCCUGCUCACGGGGGUCUUUUCCC